AUGCCCUCCAGGGCAGAUAUCACAUACUUCGGCGCCGGGCCGGCCUUACUGCCCACCUCUGUCCUUGAAAAUGCCACGCAAGCUCUCCUAAAUUAUAACGACACAGGACUAGGAAUUGCUGAACACUCACAUCGUUCUCAAUAUGCUGCCGAUAUUAUUAACCAAGCGAAGGCAGAUCUAGCCAGCUACCUUGAUAUUCCCGAAGACUAUGAGAUCCUGUUCAUGCAAGGUGGCGGUAGUGGCGAAUUCUCUGCUACUGUCUACAACCUUGUUGGCGCCUGGGUAACAAAGAAAAAGGUCGAAAUUUUGAAGCAGCUAGGUGCUCAGAGUGAGGAGGAGGCUAAUCAAGAAGAGCUCGUAUCAGCGCUCAAAAAAGCCAUUGAUGCUGAGCUAAAGCUAGACUACUUAGUAACGGGCGGGUGGUCGUUGAAAGCCUAUCAAGAAGCCGGUCGUCUGCUGGGCCCAGAAUAUACCAAUCUCGUUACUGAUUCCCGGACUGUGAAUCAGGGGAAGUUUGGUAAGAUCCCGGAUGAGAGCACAUGGAAACUUUCCAAAAAUGCUGCCAUGGUAUACUAUUGUGACAACGAGACAGUGGAUGGCGUUGAAUUCCCUAAGUUCCCCGAUACUUUAGGGCCCGAUUCCAAUGAUGAAGGACCCAUCGUCGUUGCGGAUAUGUCCUCAAACAUCUUGUCGAGAAGAAUUCUGGUUAAAAACUUUUCGGCCAUCUUCUUCGGCGCGCAAAAGAACCUUGGCUCGACGGGAGUUACCGUAGUCAUUAUCAAAAAGAGCUUGCUUCCUCCAGCAUGCCCACAACCUUCAGCAGCGUUGAUGAGAAAGCUUGGUCUUCCAGUUCCCCCGAUUAUAUUUUCUUACGAGACUAUUGCCAAGAACAACAGUUUGUACAACACGCUCAGCAUUUUUGAUGUUUACAUUGCUGGCCAAGUACUCAAGAAGCUGCUCACAACGUUUCCAGAUAAGGUUGACGGCCAACAAGCCGUUGCUGAUCAGAAGGCGGAAAUCAUCUACAAGGCCCUCGAGGCACACCCGAAUGUCUAUAGGAUUGUCCCAGAUAAGUCGGUGCGCUCCAGGAUGAAUAUUUGUUUCCGCACGACUAUAAAUAAUGAUACAGAUGGUGCUGAAGCAAAGUUCCUAAAGGAUGCAACCACUCUUGGACUCACCGGUUUGAAGGGACAUCGAAGCGUCGGAGGCAUCCGUGCUAGCAACUACAAUUCGAUCCCACUCGCCGGGGCCCAGAAGCUGGCAGACUUUAUAAACAACUUUGCUCAAACCCAGGGUUGA